UAUAGCCGACAACCAUGCCCACUUGAAAGGUUGUAGGCUAUUCCCCAAGAUGGCCGCUGAUGCCAGAUCAAUGUUUCAAUAUAGGAAAAAUUCGGACACACAAUUACAGGACAAAGCAGAGGCUGCCCUCCUGGAGGCGUACGAACAGCUAGUUGAUGUCUCAGCCAUACUGUCUUACACUGGGCACACCUCCAUGUUGGAAAAGAGGCAGAUGAAACUUCAAGAAUCCUUCCCUUCAGAAAGCACACCAGACAAAGCCCUGGACAGGCAGUUGGAUGGACGGCUCACUGGGUCAGCUUGCCUAGAUGCGCAGGGCAUAGAGGAGACGAUGGUGCCCACCCAACAACCCCCACCCUCCCCCUCCUCACCCUCACCCACUGGCCCGAGUGACCGCCGGCACACGGAUCAAUGCCAGUCUGAGCGCAGCCCGGAUCCGAGUGAGCCGUUCUCCCUCCGGCUGGCCAAAGCUGAGGAGAGGAUCCGAUCCCUCCAGUCAGCCUUGACGUCGUCUCAAAGCGAGGUUCUCAACCUGCAGAGGCAGUACGAUGAAGAGAGGACCUCCAGGGCAAAGGAGGCUGUUAACCUAAUGGUUGCUAAUAUUGAAAAGGUCAACCAGAGAGUGGAGGCAGCGCCGAUUGAAGCAGACAGUGUGAGGGAGGAUAUGGACAGAGGCUGCAUCUCCACCCAAAACGGCUCCAGUCCAGGGGAGAGGGUUGGAAUGGAGAGGGUCCGGCUGGAAAUGGUAAUUGCUGACCGGGACCGGGAAAUCUUCCGCCUGAGGGAGGAGGUGAGGAGGCUCCAGCUGAUGUUACAUGAAGCCCAGGAGAGCACGACCAAUCAGAUCGCACAACUAGAGGGACAACUGGCUCGUAAGAUUGAGAGCAUAGAGAAGCUUCAGGUGAGACUACAAUCCCAGCAGGACUAUGAACAGAUCAAAACAGAGCUCAGAAUUUUCCGGGCCAUGAAAGAAGCCUCGCUCAACGGCCGCCUUGCGCAGUCCAUGUCCCAGCUGUGCUCCCCCCUUUCGGAGAGACUGACUCCAAUGAUGCCUUUGAGGCCUUUGACAGAGAGUCCUGCGAUCUCUGUCACGAGAGAGACGGAGGUGAAGCGAGAGGCACAGACGCCGGUGGGGCUCCCGGUCGCCAUGGACACGCCUCCACCCGGCAGCCCGCGGCCUGCGGCGUCCUCCCAGGGCUCGUCGUCGCCCCGCACGAUCCCACUCAGCCCCCUCUCGCAGUCCCCUGACCGGCCCCUGCUGUCCCCCCUCAUCAAGCCGGAGCCCAGCCCCUCUGGGCCCUUCCCUGAGACCCUCUACGGGCCCAAGAGUGCCCUGUCCUUCGAGGGCAGCCGGAGCCCGUCGCGGGCCAGCCACAGCUCUGACGGGGGCAUGAUGGGAGAGCCAUGGGAGGGCGGAGGAGGUGGAGGAGGUGGA